CGGCGGAGAUAAAAAUGCGGUUGCGUUAUAUUUUAUGUUUUAUCUGGCCUCAUGUCUUUGGAACAUACUUUGUUAGAAUCGAUUCACGGAAUUCCAGUGGACCUUUGAAACAUUUCUGGCGAAGUACGGGCUUCUGCCCUUCGGAACCACAUGCAAAAGCUUAUAAAUAUGACACUGGGCCUGACAUGAAUCAGAAUUUGGCCUACAUUGGUGCAUUACCAUUCACUGGCAUUCAACAAGUGCGUAUACACUGGUUGUUAGAUCUUGUGCAAGUUAAAAAACAACAUCCGCUACAGUAUGAUUUCCGUUGGCUUGAUCAGCUCAUUGAUAAGCUAUAUAAAAAUGGAUUAAAACCUGGGUUUGAGCUAAUGGGUAGUUUGUCAAAUUUUUUUACUGAUUUUGAAAAUAAAACUCAAGUGGUUUUCUGGCGAGAUCUUGUGAAAGCUACAGCCGAAAGAUACAUAAAGAAAUAUGGAAUAGACUAUGUGAGACGUUGGAAUUUUGAGACUUGGAAUGAACCAGAUUGUCAUGAUUUUGAUGCUGUGAAUAUGACAGUAAAAGGAUUUCUCAAUUAUUAUGAUGCUUCUUCAGAAGGACUGAGAGCAGCUGACAAAAGGCUGAUAUUUGGUGGACCUGGUGAUGGAUGUUAUUAUAAGAAACAUCACAAAGGACACAAGAAAUAUGCAAUUGGUCUUUUAGAUCAUGUAGUUCAUGGCACCAACUUUUUUACAGGAAACAAGGAAACACACAUUGAUUUUAUUUCUUGGCAUCUAAAGGGAGAUGGAAUGGCAAAUCGUAUUCUUGAACUUGAAAAACGUCUUUCUGAAGAAAUUUAUACCAAAUAUCCAUCCUUACAAUCAAAACCUUUCUAUAAUGAUUACGCAGUUUCUGAAGAUUUGACCAUGGAAUCUACCAAUAAUUUUUCCUUAUAUAAUAUGGCUUUCAUUGUUAAUGAAAUAGAUGUAAUUGCCCUCCACCAACAAAGGAAGUUUCUGAAACACAUGAAUUUCACUUUAUUGAGCAAUGAUAAUGCAUUCUUAAGCUAUUAUCCACACCAGUUUACUCAGCGCACUCUGCUUGCCAGGUUCCAGAUGAAUAACACAAAACCACCACAUGUGCAGUUUGUGCAUAAACCAGUAUACUCUGCUAUGAUGCUGUUGGCUUACCUUGGCAACAGAAAACUGAAUGUCAAUAUUACUAAACAUCAUGUUCCUAAUAUUUCAACUAACGAUUUUGGAGGAAUUGGCUCAGUUCAUUAUCCUGUGGCAUCUGCAGUGUCAGACAGCUUCCAGGUAUGUUUAUUGUUGUACAAUGCCACUGAUCCAGGACCAGGAGAGCUAGAAGAGAGAAAUAUCAAACAAGAUGGAGAAAGCGUAGAAGUUAAGAUAUUCAUUGAUCCUCCAGUUUCCCAAAGCAGAGAUCUCUACAUGAUAAUAUUCAAGAUGAACAACACUUAUGGGAAUCCUUUUAUGCUAUGGAAGAAGAUGGGUAAACCUUCUUAUCCAACCAAGGAACAAUUUCAUGCUAUGCGUCAACAGGAGGGACCCAAUGUCAUAGAUAAAAGUGUUGUAAAGCCUGGAAUUAUCACAGUGAAACUACAAUCCUUUGUGGCUCCAGCUUUACUACUUGUUCAUAUCUGUUCCAAAGCACCACACCCACCAGGACAGGCAUCGGCUGUCCAAGUGUAUAAAGUAACUUCUAGCCAGGUGUUAGUGGUGUGGUCUGAUAAAUUCAUUGGAACAAAAUGCAUCUUGCGAUAUGAAGUAGAGUUAUCAAAAUCAGACACUGAAAGUCAGUACAGACGAAUUAAUCAACAAGAUUCUGUGGUGAAUUCUUUUAUGUUUGUGCCUUCAGGAAAUAAUUCUACAUUGGUGACAGGAUAUUACCGUGUUAGAGCAGUGAACUACUGGAAUCAACCAGGACAAUAUUCAAAACCAUUUUAUUACUCUUCUUAAAUUUACUUGGACCUUCAUUUUCCCACAUUUCUACAUUGAAUUUCAUUGUCCUUACCUCUAAAAUUAUAUUUCAAAUGUAUGAAUAGACUUCAAAAUAUAUUUUCACAUUAAAAAUCUAUCAAAAAUAA